AUAAUACGUUGCCAUCACAUACCAUCCAUGUAAAUCCUUAUAAUGAUAAGGCGUUUUUAACUUUACCAAUCUGAACUCCCAAUCUGCCACCCUCGCACACUGCCAUUGCUGUCAAGAUCCACACCAGACGAGUCUGCAACUAUACGAGACCCAACACUGGAGGGGAGCAAGGAAAAUGGUCCUCUGGUCUGGACCAGGCUGACUGUGAGGGGUUCUUGCCGACGUCGCCGUUGUAAGACUUAGUCCACGAAUCACCACCGCCGACACCAAAGCUUCAUCCUCCGGUAAUGCUCUAUUUUCAGGAAAAUCAGGUAAGUAAAUCCUAAAUCAUGCGCUAUCUUCGGUGGUUUCUCCUCUUGUUUCCGAAUGGGUCACGGGUUGGGUUUUUUCUUCUUUUGAUAUUCUGGGUUAAAAGUUCCAAUUUCAGCAUCAUGGCUGUUUGCUUUGAAAAGGGGAAUCUCUGAUUUUUUUUAAUUUUUUUUUGAAAAUGUUCUGAUAUUUUUAUUGUGAUUGGAAAGAAGGAUAAUUACUCACAUCAACAUAUUCUGUUAAUUUCAUGGGUUUGACUUGUCAAAAACAAGAAUUUUACAUCUGUGAUCUUUACUCCUUUUGUGCGGUAUGCAGUAUAUUUGAUUUCGUUGCCGUCAAUGCGGGUGGAACAGCUCCAAAGAAGCUUUGUCCCACAGUCUGGUUCUAUGUGAAUAAGCAAGCUUUUAACACUAAAAAACCUACAAUUUCCUUCUACUCCUUCAUCCAGAUCCAAAGCAUGUUUUCUCAAGUACGUAUGCCUGCAACAUCAUCGGUUUUUUCAGCAUACACCACCUUUGUUGCAUCUGCAAUGCUGGUUAAAACCAUGCUACAUGAAGUUCAGACCUUGGCCAAACAGCUCGUACCUCAACAACUCCAGGACAAGAUUUUAUCAGGAAUUGGAAGGCUUCUUGGGGACCCCUCCUCUCAGAUGACUCUUGUCAUUGAUGAAUACAACGGCUACACCAUGAAUCAAAUCUUUGAGGCUUCUCAAAUCUACCUGCAGACCAAGAUCAGCCCAGCAGUAAGUAGGCUCAGGGUUUCCCGAUCUCCAAGAGAGAAGAACCUCUUGGUCACCAUCAGCAACGGUGAAAAGGUUAUUGAUGUAUUUGAGGGAAUUCAACUCAAAUGGGAAAUGGUUUCCAGUACUGAAAAGGUCAUGGGUGGAGACAAGGGCGAACGUAGAUCAAUUGAGCUCAGUUUCCUUAAGAAAAACAUGGAGAAGGUAUUGAGCUCUUACUUGCCAUAUGUGGUGGAGAGAUCAGAAUCGAUAAAAGAAGAAAACAAGGUGGUGAAGCUCUAUUCCCUAGGGAACUUCCAAGGAGGAGCCAUGGUUGGUGGGGGAGCAUGGGGGUCCAUCAAUCUCGACCACCCCUCAACUUUUGAAACAUUGGCCAUGGAUUUGAAGCUCAAGGAGGACUUGAUAAAAGACUUGGACAGAUUUGUAAGGAGGAGGAAGUUCUAUAAAAGAGUUGGUAAGGCAUGGAAAAGAGGGUAUUUGUUGUAUGGCCCUCCAGGCACAGGCAAGACAAGCUUGAUUGCAGCCAUGGCCAACUAUCUGAAAUUUGAUGUCUAUGAUUUAGAGCUCACAAGUCUCCAGAGGAACUCACAGCUUAGAAAGCUCUUAGUCUCCACCAAGAACAGAUCAAUACUUGUGAUUGAGGACAUCGAUUGCAGCACUGAAUUACAAGACAGACAAGCUGGAAGAUACAACCAACCUACCACUCAGCUGACACUAUCUGGGCUGCUUAAUUUCAUUGAUGGGCUGUGGUCAAGCUGUGGGGAUGAGAGGAUAAUAGUGUUCACAACAAAUCACAAAGACAGGAUAGAUCCUGCAUUGCUGAGACCAGGGCGCAUGGAUAUGCACAUCCACAUGUCCUACUGCACUCCCUAUGGAUUUAAGACCCUGGCUUCCAACUACCUUGGAGUAAGCAACCACAGACUGUUCACUGAAAUCGAAAGGCUGAUAACAGAGGUGGAGGUGACCCCAGCCGAGAUUGCAGAAGAGCUCAUGAAAAGUGAGGAAGCUGAUGUGGCCCUUGAAGGUCUCAUCGAGUUCCUCAAGAGGGCCAAGAUUGCAGAAAAUAAAUCAAAUGGUGAGGGAAAAGAAGUUGAUGAACAAGGAACAGAAAGGCGGGAUGUUGUUGAGAGUGAAAAGGUAGUAGAAACAAAGAGGCAGAAAGAAGAUAGUGAAUGGAGAACUAGAGAUUUCUGAUUUUAUGCCAUGCGCAUACUCGUUUUCUGUUGAAGAAAACCAAUCCUGCCUUCUCUGAGGCCUGUAAAACCAUGAACUUCAAAUAGAACCCAUUGAAAUUCAAUGGGGAUGGAGGGCACUUUCCACGAUUCACCCAGGACAGGUAAGUACAUAAAAUGCGGCUGAAACUUUCAUAUAUAUAUUAUCUGGUUUGAGUCUCUUUCUUUUCC